GCCAUCCGAGCCACUCCAUGUGAGUAGUCCUUCGGAUGCUCUCGUACUGUACGCCGGGCGCGUUUAUUUUUAUUAUUAUUUAGUGGCUUAUUAUUAAGUUAAGUUUUUUGAUUUUUUUUUUUAAAUUUUCUAUCGGUAUUGGCGUUCAUUAUUUUUGUAAAUCGUUUCUGCGUGCGGGCGUGCGUGUAUAUGUGUACAUGUGUGUGUGCUCGUGAGUGUGUGAGUGUGUGUGUGUGUGUGUGUGUUUGUUUAAAAUAUUUACGUGAUUAGUAAUUAUUAUUAUUUUUUUAUUUGACGGACAGAAAAAUUACGAAAUACCCGAUGUACAGCAGAAUAUCCGCAUCUUUGUUACUCAAGUGGUGGACCCAGUCGUUGUGAUCGAGACACAGAAACUCGAGAUAGUUGCGAGGCGAGUAAUACAUUAUUACAAUAAUAUAUUACAUGGUGUUCGCGUGAUGGCGACGUUGGCCAAUUUACAGGCAAACGGAGACUUGGAAACGUGACGGACACGCGACGUACGCGCGCAGCAUAUAAUAUCCUAUGGUGCAGGCCACUGUCGUCGCGCGACGCCAAUAGGUACUCAGUUCUCCGCGCCGCCGGCAUUUCCAAAUUCCUGGUCUAAAUCACAGCGUAUGAUUUUAUGAUCUAUUUGGCAAGAUUUAAUAAAAAGAAUCCAACAUGGGCUGUUUUUGUACCAGCGCCCGAACACACCACUGCAAAAUCGUAUUCCUCGACGAUCAAGAACUCGUGCACGAAGUUCAGGGUUCGAGUUUGGGUCAAGAAGUUUUCGAUGUGGUUGUAAGACAUUUAAGCCUUCUCGAAACAGCUUACUUUGGGCUUCGUUAUUUGGAUUCUCAAAAUCAAACUCACUGGUUGGAUCUGUCCAAGAAAAUGAACAAACAGAUGAAGGGUAACGAGAACUUCACCUUUUACUUCGGUGUGAAAUUUUACGCCGCCGAUCCGUGUAAGCUGGUUGAAGAAAUCACCAGGUAUCAGUUUUUCCUGCAGCUCAAACAGGACAUACUGCAAGGACGCGUACCCGUCACCCAAGAACUGAUGGCCGAGCUAGGAGCGUACGUCGUGCAAUCUGAGCUAGGAGAUUUCGAUCCUAGACGACACACCCUCGGGUACGUGUCUGAAUUCCGGUUCGUGUCCAAUCAGAAUGCAGAGCUCGAAAACCGAAUCGGAGAAAUACACAAAGAACUCACGGGUCAAGUGCCUGCAGUUGCCGAGCUGAAUUUCUUGGAUAAAGUCAAGUGGCUGGACAUGUACGGCGUCGAUCUUCACCCAGUACUGGGUGAAGACAACGUCGAAUAUUAUUUGGGUUUGACGCCGACCGGAGUGAUUGUGCUUCGAAACAAAAACAUUGUCGCAAACUAUUACUGGCCCAGGAUCACCAAGAUCUUCAGCAAAGGAAAAUAUUUCAUGCUCAGAGUGUGCGACAAAAACAACGACGAGAACACUUACGGGUUUGAAACGCCCUCGAGGCCGGCGUGUAAACAUCUGUACAAGUGCAGCAUGGAACAUCAUUCAUUCUUCAGACUUGUCCAAGUGUCACCCAACCCCCCGGACGUCAUAAGCACUCGAUUUAGCAGCGGCCGGGCGGAUAAGUCGUCAGUGAGGAGCUCGCAGAUGAGCAACAGAACGCCACCGUCAUUUACGAGGACACCUAGUCGCCGCUAUCAGAGGAGGAUCGUCGAAGGAUCCAACGAUAAUCAAACUUUCGGAGAUGAGUACAAGACCAGAGACGAACUGAUGCUGUUGUCGUCCUCGUCGUCGUUGAAACCGCAAGACAAGCUGAAAAACUGUUCCAACCCUCAACUUCCCGUCCACACAAUGUACGUGCCGAACCGGAGCGAUUCGCCAAGGAGCACCAGAAGUGCACCGUGGGGCGUGUGGUCGAGCGCUCCUACCCGGGGCCUGUACUCGAGCAGCUCGCCGAGGAGCGUCCGAUCCGGUCCGCAUCAGAUCAUGCGCCACGCUCGCCGGUCAUCCAGCGUGGACAGCCAGAGCUCCAACGACUCGAGAUCGUGUCGCAAGCACAGACAUCGCAACAAUAGACGGUCCUCGGAUAACGAGAGCGAACAGUCGGGCCGGUCGGGAAAAUCGCACCGGAAGCACAGGCACCGGAGCCGGAAGUCGUCGGAGGGCGACGACCACGAGCACAGGCGUCACAGGUAUCAGCUUGUGGAGUCGGAGGGACAGUGGCGGGAAGUGCAGCGGAGACAGGCCGAGGGCAGGUCAGCUAUACAAAAAGCGUCAGUGGUUCGGCCCCGGUCGGGUUACGCUAACAGCGGGCUGGAGUCCGAGAGCGAGAUUUCUCACCAUUCGUCGUCGUACCGGAGACGGAAACACCGGAAACACAGGUCGCGGUCCAGGUCACCGUCAGAGAGCAGCAGCAAGACGCGUCUGCCGGAGGAGCUCAAAAAGCAUUUGGAGUUCGAACUGGUCGAAACGGACGGCAUGACCGAGGAACAACUGCGAGAAAUACCGUACACGGCGGUGAAGACAUCCCUGAAGACCAAUAACUCGUCGCCUCCCCUGUCGUCCAAACGGAAAACCUAUUCGUCUCGGAGAGCCAAAAGUUGUUCGCUAAAAGACUCGACAGUGCCGGAAGCCGGCGACAGUCCUCCGCCGCCGUAUAGCGAAGGCCCGGCCGAUAAAUGCUCCGCCGCCGUCUCCAUGCCCAGUUCGAAAAGCGCAAAUCAGUUACCAAGGACGCAGCAACCCAACCAAAGCGGACCGACGGCGACGACGACGACGAGGACGUCUGCUGACCAAAAUUACAGGGCCACUUGCUCCGCGCUGUACGCCAACCCGUCGGCGUUGCAUAUUAUGGGCUCAGCGAACAGCUAUCAUCAUUCUAGUCACGACCAACGGAACCUUAUGAACCAUUCCCGGUGGUUACACGAUCUCGAGCAGAAAGACAACGCGAACAACAGGAGGACAGAAAACAUGAUGCGAGACUUCCCUUACAAUUCAGCCAGGUCGUCGGCAAAUGGGAACAGCGCCGAACGACCCUCUACGAACGCGGCAAAGUCGACACCGCCGCCGUGGUCUAGUCAAGAAAUUCGUGGCACACUGGGUGGCGGUGGCGUUCCAUGGCAGUGCGUCCCGGACCGCGUAUACCCGGUUAGCGGUUACGGCCCACCCAAAAAUAUCAACCAGGCGGCGUACCAGAACCGGAGCAACAACAAUCCGGAAACGUGCGCGACGUCGGAUUCGGUCGACACAAAUCGGAACAGCGCGAUGAUCGCGAUGACGACGACAAUCGACGACGUCAAGUCCACAGCCGCCACUUCGGCUGCGGUAGGGCAGUCGAUCAAGUCCAGCAAGUCUUUCGAGAGCGGCGUGUUGGGGCAGCACGCCAACACACCCAACGGUGUCAUACCGUGGCCGGGUGACAGAGGAAAACCCAGACCGUCGCACCAGUGGGACCACCAUAACGGUACGUCGUCAUCGUCGUCGCCACAUCAUCACCUCCACCAUCAGCAGCAGCAGCACCACCUCCAUCAACAGCAGCAGCACCAACAGCAGCAGAAUCACACACAACAGCAGCACAACGGGUCGUCCUCGUACGGGGUCGGCGGCGGUGGUGGUGAUAUCUUGUACCUGGGCAACAGGUCCUCGGGGGUGCGCACUUCUUCCAGGGGUGGUCCGACGUACUUUUCGCCACAACACAACCACGUGGACAGACUGUCGAACUCCGAACUGAGGUCGUCGGCCAGCCUAGAGGAGAUCCUUUCGCCGAUCCUGCAGAGCAAACUGACCACGUGUGAGUAUAACUAUACGCGAAUACGAAAAACGCAAUACCGAGACAGUAUUAUAUUAUAUUUUAUAAUAUAAUAUUACCUAAAGCAGUAAUAAUAAUCGAACGAUUUUUUUUUGUUUCUGGGCAGAAAUCUUGCGGGGACUUAAGCCAUAUGGCGGUGCAUCGAUACGAUUUAUAUAUUACCAUCGUAAUAUGAAUUGCGAUCGAUUGACGAGAGGAAAUCGAUGAUUACGGCCGUGACUUGGACGAUGACGAGCGAAACAGGCCGCGCCGGCUACUUUUUAUGUGUACAUAAUAUAUCAUUUAUCAUAAUUUUUCAUUUAUAUGACGCGAGCGCGCACGCACGCACGCACGCAUAAGCCAUAUUAUAUUACAUUUAUAUUAUACGAACGUGUACAGUGUAAAAAGAAAACGAUUCAUCUCAUCACUACGUAUAUACCUACCGUACGCAUAUACUUACAUUAUACAUAUAUAAUCUACAUUCUACACAUAUUAUAGGGAAACCUUUUCGAGAAUAUAAUAUUAUGUCUGUAUACACGAGCGCGAGUUUUCUUCUUCACCGUUUUUAUUAUUAUUAUUAUUAUUAUUAUUUAUUCUUUUCACUUUUGAGAGAAAGCGUCAAAGGGCGUCGAUAAGUCUGAGUUUUUAUUAAAUAUUUUUAUUUUUUUUUUAUGAUCCCUAUUUUCUUAUCCUUCCCUUUUUCUUUUCUUGAUACUCUGGUCGUUUUCUCUCGUUUCCCACUCGUAUUAUAUAAUAUAUAUAUAUAUUAUUAUUAUUAUUAUUAUUAUUAUAAUCGUUUAUCGUGUCUCCGUCGCGCUCGUCGGGUUAAUAAAAGUAUAGUAUACCAAAGCUCAAUAUUAUGAUCAACACAUGUGUUCCGCGCAUAUUAUUAUAUAUACAUUAUUAUUAUUAUAAAUUAUUAUUACUACCUAUUAUUAGUUGUGUAAGACGCGUGUCUUGUAAGUACGUUUAAUAUAAUUUAACGACAAUGUGUACAUUAUUUUUUUUUAUAUUACAUAAUAUUAUUAUUAUUACCUAUCAUAUUGUACAUUAUUAUAUUGAUAAACUGUGUGUUUUCACGCGUGAGGCAGUAGGUACCUCUCUAUUUAUUUUUGUUCAUCAACAUUUUGUUUACGAAAUUAAAAACGAUUAUCCAAUAACAAAUGGUAAUAUUAUAAUAUAAUAUAUAUACAGGCACUCAACAAUUAAAUCGAAAUUCAAACGAAUUAUUUUUUUUUCCGAUCGUGAUGUCGAAAUUAUCUCGUUUUAUUUAUUGUUUUUAUUUUCUACAAAAAAACUAAUUAUAAUAUUUGUACUGAUAAUCAAAUACUACUUUUUUUUAUUUGUUUGUUUGUUUUUGUUUUAUGUAUACCGUUUAAAAUGAAAACACUUUUUUUGCGGUCUCUAUAUUAUAAUAUAGCGGAGAGAAAAAUAUUUGCACUUUUGUAUUAACCGUAACGUUUGUUGUGUUGUUUUAUCUGUUUGCAGUGAAAUCCGUAAAUAAGUUGGAUAAUGACAUAUUAUUAUUGUAUUAUAUUAUAUGAUAUGCUACGGAAAUAUAAUAAAAUAAUAUUAUAUUAUA